AUGGAUAUUGUCCUAAGAAUUUCCUUCAUUUUCGUUCUCGGGCGAUUGUGCGUAGGGUUUAACAUAACUCCACCAUCCCCGCUAUCUACUGGUGCUCCCCGGGCCUUCAAUUACACAUGGAAUCCUACGGACGCCCAGAACAGUCCGUUAGGAGCAUUUGUCGCGAUGCUCAUUCAACCGCCAGAGGGUUUCGAAUGCCCUGACCUUGACGCAGGAGGAGAUAGUCUGAUCAAAAUCGUAGAGAGCUUUGCUACCGUCCAAGUUCCUGGUCCUGCGAUCGUGUCAUCAGGGAAGUUUUUUCUCACCCCGGCGAAGCAAGGAAUUCAUAUCGUCUGUACGCAUGGCAAUCUCCCACCGGGCCUGCUGAAUGCGCAAGGCUCUAGUGGUAUCAGUGACAUCUUCAAAAACUUCAAAAGUUUGAACUUGCUUGAUCAAUCAAAUCCAUUUGAUGUUUCUUUGCCAACAAGGACGAGCUCCGCAAAUUCAACUUCCACUAGUGUCUCCGGCGUAUCAUUCUCUCCAACUCCUUCCAAGGAUUCGGACGACAGUGGCCAGAAUGAUGACCAUGAUGGCAAAGGUCGAGGCAGUCAUCAUGGCAGUGGCAAGACAACGGGAGUUGUAGGAGGUAUCCUAGGAGCCGUAGCGCUCAUUUUCAUAAUCCUCGCCAUCCUCCUUUACCGGCGCCUCAGAUACCAGCGAAAACUCAACCAAUUCCACAAAGAACACAUGCUUCUCCAACAACAACCUCCGUCAACGUUUCUUUCAUCCAUCACUCCCGUACAGCGCGUUACUUCUUCUCCGAUCCCCGGGAUCCUCGCGCCUCUGUCUCCUAUAUCGACUAUGAACCGGCGGUCAGAUAUUCCAAUGGGAUUUGAAGAGACUAUGUUGACACAGAAGGGUCCCUAUCAGUUCUCUUCUGAUAAUCAUUUAGCUCGCCCUUCUCCGCCAUCGUAUUCGGUUGCCCUUCCACAUAAACCUCUGCCGAUGUUUCCAACACAACAUCAUACUCCAGAUUGA